AUGCAACCUUCUUCUCCUCCCGCCUCUGCGCCGGUCGAGAAAAGGAAAAAGAAAAAGUCCAAAAAACAUACCCCUGACGUUUCGUCGCCCUCUGUUGGUGGAGCAACGAGCGUGACGACGAACUCAGUUAUCAACACUGAGGAUGGCAUUAACCGAGCAAUUCAAACUGCCCUGGAUCAUGCCACCGCAAUAGCCACACCAUCUAGUACCAAUGGGCCCUCCACUACACAGGAGAGGUCAUCCAAGCCGAAGAAGCGUCACGCUACCUCGAAUGACCCAAUCGCCGAUGGCUCGGAGCCACGGAAGUCAAAGAAACAAAAGUCUAGUGAUAACUCUGUUGCAUCUUCUUCGCCUAUUAUGUCGCCUCCGACUGCGAAUCCAACAAACGUAACUCCCAAUCCGAAUACGGCUCACCUCGUGUCGGCAUACAUUCCGCCACAACUUGGUCACUCUCAUAUACCUAUCGACCCAACCUUGACAGGCCAUGAGCAUCUCAUGCAACAGCAUCCACACUUACAGGCGAUUGUUCCUAAUGCGACAUUUACAGGGAACGCUCUUGCUGCCGCCAACGGAGCAUCUCAGCACCACCCAGAUGCAUUAGGUUCCUUCAUAUUCAACCAAGAUGCUGAUCUAUCAUCUCUGGGCUCGAAUGAAGAAUUAAUUCGUGCGCUUCAAGGUUUUGAUCUCUCCAAAUUCGCAGGUGUAUUCAAGUACCCCGAGUCCAUGUCAACCGAAAACCCGGCGCCUGUUCACCAGGGCAAUGAACCCGGUCCAUCAAGACUUGGAAACAACCCUCAGCUUAAUAUUGACCAGCCCGUCGCCGUCUCAUCCGGUGCAUCUGGGAACAAGCCCCGUCAAAAGAAGAUUGUGGCCCCCCAGCCCGGUAGUCAGAUUGUCAACCCGGAGCAUGCUGAUAUCUUGGCAACGCACUGGUUAAACCCAGCCAAGUUGGCGGAGCUUGUCAAAGAACAAGGUAUGGCCUUCUUUAAUGAAACACAUUAUGCCAUUAACCAUAUGCCAUUCAAACCAGGGCUUGUGUACAAGAAAGGGAAAUUCUCAGCUAUUGAAGAGCACCAAAUUGAAGAGGCAUUACAAAACUAUGCCAAGUCCAGAAGCUUGACUCCUCCCGAAAUUGACGCUAUUAUAUUUUCAAAAGGGAAAAAGGCCAAAGAGGAGUACAGUACCUUUUGGUCUGAAAUCACUCGUGCAGUUCCCCAGCGGCCUAUCAUUGCUGUGUACCACCACGUUAGACGUACGCACCAUCCCAUGAAACAACAAGGGAAAUGGACUCCUGAAGAGGACGCAAUUGUGAUAGCUGCUGUCGCCGAGCUGGGUCAGAAAUGGGAGCAAAUCAGCCUGCGUGUUGGCCGUAUGUCUUCGGACUGUAGGGAUCGGUACCGUAAUCACUUGGUUGAUCAAGAGGCUCGUGUAGUUGGCCCCUGGACCAAGGAAGAGGAGGAUGAAUUGACGAGGAUCGUCAUGGAGCUCACAGUGGAACGAGGCCUACAAGCAGAUAACGAUGUGCUCUGGUCUGAAGUUAGCGAACGGAUGGGAGGCAGACGUACAAGACAGCAAGUUAGAAUUAAAUGGACCGAUGCUCUGAAUAAACGUGUCAAAAACGCUGGCGAACGACCACGCUGGAGCGCUCAGGACGCAUACAUUCUAGUACACAAAGUUGCCUCUAUGCCUGUCCAAGAUGACACAGAAAUCGACUGGAAACUGCUCCCUGAUCCACAGUGGAACCUAUGGAGUGCUCACCAGCUCCAACGCCGCUGGUUUGGGUUGAAAAAGACUCUCAAAGACUCGGACACUAUGCCUCAUUCUGAAAUCAUCUCUAUUCUCCAGAGCAAGUUUCGCGAUCCUCCAGAGCAACCCAAUGCCCCUCGUCGCUACGAAACCAAAAAAUCCCGCAAUGCUGCCAUCGGACGUGAAUUUAUCACUGAUGAAGAUGAUAACUUUGAAGAUUUUGGAGACCCCAGCUCCACGCACGACUUGUUCUCUCAAACCGCCGAUGGGAACCCGAUCGAUCCCGAGUUGGUUCGUGCAGCGCAACAGCAGCUCGAGGCAGUUUUGGAGAUUGCGAGCCAGCAAGCAGCUGCAUCUGGUAGCGGGUCCCAGGAUGCGUAA